AUGUUAUUAAACAUGAAUACUUAUUUAAUGAGUCUCACGUUGUUUGUACUCGUGUAUGAUCAAGCGAGUGCACAAACAUACGUGUGUAGUUCAAAUGCUCAAUGUGGAUGUUCACAAUAUAAUCCUACUCUAACACGAAUUGUAGGUGGUGAGGAUGCCGGUAUCUCGACUUGGGGUUUUGUUGUCUCCAUACGAAUUUCUGGUAGUCAUAUCUGUGGUGGCACAAUUUUGUCGAGCACUUUAAUACUCACAGCUGCACACUGCGUCGCUGCAUUUCCAUCUUCAUUAUCGUCAGUUACUAUCGCUGCUGGUAGCAAUUAUCUAAGUACUCCAAAUCAAAUACGCUUAGUACAACGAACUCAUGCUAAUACAGGCUAUACUACUGGAACAUAUAUUAAUGAUAUUGCCACUCUUGUUCUCCAGUCUCCAUUGGACUUAACCGAUCUACGUGUAACAACAAUAUGCUUACCAAAUAUUUCAUCAAGUUAUCUCAGCUCGAACGAAUAUCCGUCGGCAAAUUCGGCUUUAAUUGCGAUUGGUUGGGGAGUUCUGUCGGCUGGAAGUACAACAGUGUCGAAUAGUUUGAAACAAGUAACAAUACAAGCAAUUACAGCAAGCAACAUAUAUUGUAGUCGAAUAAUCUCGAAUUCAGUCUACCAGUUUUGUGCUGGAAAUCUCACUGGUGGACGAGACACAUGUCAAGGUGAUAGUGGUGGUCCGUUACUCAUGUUUAUUAACAGUACUCAACAAUGGCAAAUAGUUGGUAUCACCAGUUAUGGAUAUAGUUGUGCUGUAGCUAAUGAACCUGGCAUAUACACUCGAGUUGCAUAUUACCAAAACUGGAUAAGUCAAAAUGGAGUCACUAAAAUACAUCUUAUUGACAACUGA